AUGCCCAAGCAUAAUUUUCAUGUACUCGUCCAGAUGCUACGAUUGAUUGUUGUGUGUGCUCUGUUUUCCGGGUUUGUUUUGGGCAACAAGGUUUGUACCAAUUCUGGUUUGCAGUCACACACUCUACGCUAUCAAUGGUUUUCCUCCUCAAAAAAUGAAUCUUGGGAAGGACACAAUCCGAAUCAUUUGGGUCUGAUUCCUGGUCAUGAUCAUACCUGGUCCGAAUCAAUUCCUAGGAAAAUGUUGAGGGAGGACGAUGAAAUUAGCUGGAACAUACUGUACAAGAAAACGGAGGGUUCUAAUGGGGUUGGGGGUUUUGGAGCAGGUUUUCUAAAGGAGGUCUCGCUGCACGAUGUGAGGUUGGAUCCUAGUUCGAUUCACGGUGUGGCCCAGCAGACGAAUUUGGAGUAUUUGUUGAUGUUGGAUGUUGAUAGAUUGGUUUGGAGUUUCCGGGAGACGGCCGGUUUGGAGACUCGUGGCGAGCCGUAUGGUGGUUGGGAGUCUCCGAGUAUUGAGCUCCGUGGUCAUUUUGUAGGCCAUUACCUAAGCGCAUCUGCACAAAUGUGGGCGAGCACACAUAACGCCAGUCUCGAAGAAAAGAUGUUGUUACUGGUUUCUGCCCUUUCAGACUGCCAGACUAAGAUAGGCACCGGUUACCUUUCAGCAUUUCCAUCCGAACUGUUUGAUCGUUUUGAGGCUCUAAAAGAAGUGUGGGCCCCGUAUUAUACCAUUCACAAGAUAUUGGCCGGCCUCUUAGAUCAGUACACAUUGGCUGGCAAUUCUCGAGCUUUAAGAAUGGCGACUUGGAUGGUCGACUAUCUCUACAAACGUGUGCAGAACGUUAUUUCAAUGUACACCAUUGAAAGGCAUUGGCUGUCACUAAAUGAAGAAACAGGCGGCAUGAAUGAUGUGCUUUAUAGGUUGUACAUUAUCACGGGUGAUCAAAAGCAUUUAUUAUUGGCCCACUUGUUUGACAAGCCAUGUUUUCUGGGAUUGCUAGCUCUGAAGGCUGAUGACAUAUCUGGUUUUCAUGCCAACACGCAUAUUCCCAUUGUUAUUGGAGCUCAACUGCGGUAUGAAAUUACCGGCGAGCCACUUUAUAAGGAAAUAGGUACAUUUUUCAUGGACAUAGUGAACUCAUCUCACAGUUAUGCCACAGGAGGAACGUCAGUUAGCGAAUUUUGGUCUGAUCCCAAGCGACUGGCCAGCACUCUGCAAACUGAGAAUCAAGAAUCUUGCACAACGUAUAACAUGCUAAAGGUUGCUCGCCACCUCUUUAGAUGGACGAAAGAAAUGGCGUACGCAGAUUAUUACGAAAGGGCGCUUACAAAUGGUGUUUUGGGCAUUCAAAGAGGGAAGGAACCUGGUGUCAUGAUCUACAUGCUUCCUUUUCGUGCUGGUGGCUCUAAGGCAAGAGGGUAUCACGGAUGGGGAAAUAAGUUCGAUUCGUUCUGGUGUUGUUAUGGCACAGGAAUCGAGUCAUUCUCAAAACUAGGAGAUUCAAUAUACUUUGAGGAGGGCAAAGAUUUGGAGCUUUACAUAAUACAAUAUAUACCAAGCACCCUUAACUGGACAAGUGGCCAAAUUCUGCUGACCCAAAAAGUGGAACCUGUAGUGUCGUGGGAUCAAAGGCUUCGAGUAACGAUUACGAUUUCUUCUAAGAGGCAAUCAGAAAGAUUAUCAUCGACACUGAGAUUGAGGAUCCCACUGUGGACACAUUCAAAUGGUUCUAACGCAUCUUUAAAUGGUCAGCAUGUGUCCCUGCCAGCACCAGGUAAGUUCCUAUCUAUUAAUAAACAUUGGAGCUUUGGAGAUGAAAUAACUCUUCAUCUCCCCGUGCUUUUAAGAAGUGAGCAUAUUCAAGAUGACAGAACAGAAUUCGCUUCUAUACAGGCUUUUCUCUACGGCCCAUACCUUCUCGCAGGCCUGUCCAGUGGUGAUUGGGACCUCAAAAUUAAUCUUAGCACGUCCCUUUCGGAUUGCUUGACACCUAUUCCUGCCAAUUAUAAUUCCCAACUAAUCUCUCUCGCGCAAGAAUUCAAGAACUCGACAUUUGUCCUAACAAACUAUGACCAGAUCAUGAAAAUGGAGAAACUUCCCGAGCCCGGAACUGAUGCUGCCCUAAAAUCUACUUUCAGACUCGUAUACCAGUCAAAGGCCGAAAAAUUGGUCAAGCUAGAAUUGUUUGAUUUUCCAGAUACGUUUUUGUCGUCUGCUGAUAAAAGUUCGUCUAUUUUCCGUCUGACCAGUGGGCUGGACGGCGAGAAUGGAACGGUCUCGCUCGAGUCUGAGAGCGAAAAGGGCUGUUUUAUUUAUAGUGGGCUUCUGAGCGGUUCGGACCCGGGCGUAAAGCUCAACUGCAGUUCAGGCCCAUUUGAUGAUGCUGGGUUUCGACAAGCAGCAAGCUUUAUGUUGCGGCAUGGAUCUAGCGAAUAUGAUCCGAUUAGCUUCGUGGCGAAAGGGGUUAGAAGGAACUUUGUGCUUGCUCCUUUACUUAGCUUGAGGGAUGAGUCUUACACAGUGUAUUUCAAUACAUCAGUGUAA